ACUCGCUUCUCACAGUCAAAAGGAGAACUGCUCAGGUUGGCUAGAAAGCAGAAAGAAAUCUCUUGUCCACCAGCCAAAUUCAGGAUCCAUAAUGAUCCAAGCCCUCCUGGUUACAAUAUGCUUAACAAUGUUUUCAUUCCAAGUGAGCUCUACAAAGGAUUCCUGGAAGGUUAAAGAUUAUGAAGUAGUGUAUCCACAAAAAGUCCAUGCAUUGCACAGAAGAGACGUGGGAGAAGCUCAGAAACCUGACCAAAAAACUACAUAUGAUGAUACCAUGCAAUAUGAAUUUAAAGUGAAUGGAGAGCCAGUGGUUCUUCACCUAGAAAAAAAUAAGGAACUUUUUUCCAAAGAUUACACCGAGACUCAUUAUUCCCCAGAUGGCAGAGAAAUUACAACAAGCCCUUUGGUUGAGGAUCACUGCUACUAUAGCGGGCACAUCCAGAAUGAUACUGACUCAACUGCAAGCAUUAAUGCGUGCCAUGGUUUGAAAGGGUAUUUCAAGAAUCAGGGUGAGAAGUACCUUAUUGAACCUAUGAAGCUUUCUGACAGUGAAGCCCAUGCAGUCUACAAAUAUGAAAAUCUGGAAGAAGAGGAUGACACCCCCAAAAUCUGUGGGGUAACCAAUACUACUUGGGACUCAGAUGAGCCCCUCACAAAGACCUCUCGGAUGAGCAUGAAUAUUGAAAAAAAGGAAUACUUGCAGGCCAGAAAAUAUGUUGAGUUUUAUGUAGCGGCAGACAACAGAGUGUUCAGGAAGUACAACCGGAACAUCACAGAAACAAGGCUGAGAAUAUUUGAUAUGGUCAACUAUAUAAAUACGGUUUACAAAGUUCUGAAAAUUCACAUAGCGUUUAUUGGCUUAGAAAUUUGGUCCGAUGCAGACAAGAUUGAGAUCAACGAAGCAGCAGGUGUCACUUUGAACCGCUUUUCAACGUGGAGAGAGUCUGUUUUGAAGAGGCGCAAAAAUAAUGAUAUUGCUCAGUUACUCACGGGUAUUGACUUCACUGGACCAACUGUAGGAUUGGCUUUCCUCGCUUCUAUGUGCAAUCCUUCAUUUUCUACAGGAGUUAUUCAGGAUCACGGAAGCAAUCCACUUGUUACUGGUUCAACAAUGGCCCAUGAGAUGGGUCAUAAUUUUGGCAUGGAGCAUGACUCAGAUCAGUGUAUUUGCAAGAGUGGCAGAUGCAUUAUGAGUGCCCAGCAAAGCUAUACCCCUCCCCAGGAGUUCAGUUCUUGCAGUUUACAGGACUUUCAGAAUUUUAUCUUGAAGAAAAGCCCACAAUGCAUCCUCAACAAACCCACCAGGAAAGAUAUAAUUUCACCUGCAAUUUGUGGGAAUGACUUCGUGGAGGAGGGAGAGGAAUGUGACUGUGGUUCUCCAGAGGAAUGUAAAAAUGAUUGCUGCGAUGCUGCAACUUGUAAACUGAACCCUGGAGCAAAGUGUGCAGAUGGAGAAUGUUGUGAGAAAUGUCAGUUUAAGAGAGGAGGAACAGUAUGCCGAACAAUGAAGCAUGACUGUGAUUUGCCUGAACUGUGCACUGGCCAGUCUGCCCAGUGUCCCUUGGAUCGCUUCAGUGUGAAUGGACGCCCAUGCCAAAACAACCAAGGUUACUGCUACAUGGGGAAGUGUCCCACCUUGGCAAACCAAUGUAUUGCUCUUUGGGGGCCAGAUGGAAAAGUGGGUGCAGAUUCAUGUUUUGCGGUCAACAGAAAAGGGGUUUAUUACGGCCACUGCAGAAAAGCAAAUGGUAGCUACAGUCCAUGUAAACCAAAGGCUCUAAAAUGUGGCAAGCUAUAUUGCACAGGUGGUACCCGUAUGCCCUCAGAUGGAAACCUGGUGGCUUUUUCCAACUGCAGAGGCAGUUUUGCAAAAGAAAAUGAAAUAGAGGUUGGACAGGUUCAUCCUGGAACAAAAUGUGGAGAAGGAAUGGUCUGCAACAACGGGGAGUGUGUUGAGAUAGAAACAGCCUACAGAUCUACUAACUGUUCACAGAAAUGCCCAGGACACUCUGUAUGUGACCAUGAACUGCAGUGCCAGUGCCAAGAAGGAACAACACCGCCUUACUGUGACCCUACAGGAAAUAAAAAUAUUAUCAUCAUCAUUGUUGUAACUGUGGUAUUAGUCUCAGUAGCCAUGGCCAUCCUCUUUGCAGUUCUCUUCCGCUGCUACAUUUUAAAGAAGAAACAAGGAGACAGCAGCAUUCACAAAAGUGCACCUGCAGCCACAAAUCCUUCUUUCUCUGGUCCAGAUCACAAGUGGAAACAGCAUCUUGGUCCAGUGUCCAAGGAUCCAGGGAUAAAUUCUUCCAGAUUUCUCCUCCCAAUUCCAUCCCAAUCAAAUACACCAGAAGUCCAUGUUAAAAUCCCAGAUGAACCAUUAAGACACAAAUAUGAAAAUGCCAGAAUGCCCAUUGUGAAACCAAAUAUCCCUCCACCUCCUGUUCCAAACAUAUAUCCAGCUAUGACAAAAAGAAUAAAUCCAGCUCCUUCUUCUCACCUUCAGUCUAAACCAGCUCCUCCUCCCCCUCCACCCCAGGCGCUGAAACCCACUAAAUAAUCUGAGGGUAUGAAACAAAACAAGAAUCAGAAACAAUGAAAAUUCUCUGAUUUCAAAGAAAACCUUUUCCAUUUUCUCAGUUUCCAUAUCUGCAAAGAACAACUGAAUGGUGAUUUCCUUCCACAAGUCUAAUGCUUCCUCUGCAGUGGGGAAGUUCUUUUUAACUUUGGGUACAGCAUCACCUGUAGUAAGGAUGGGAACUGAUAGGAAUAUCUUCAGAGUUCUUCCAUUAUAUCCUUGGAUAUCAAAUGGGGAGAUCCUAGUACAGUUGGGAUGAUUUUGUGAAUUGUGAACUGAGCCAAAAGAUGCAUAGAAGAAAAAAAUGCCUCCAUAGGAGAUUUAAACACCCAUCACUGCCAACUGUGGACCAAAUCAAAACUAAGGAAAUAUUUUUUUGAUGCUUGAAGCAAGUGGAAACAGAAACUGUCCUGCCUACUGAAUUUAUCACUUUAUUCUCUUGGAUUACAAAAUGACUUGCAUGAUGCCACCAGAUUCUUUGACAUAAGCAAAGGCUGAUCUCUUUGAACCUUCUCUCUACCUGUGCAAACAAAGAAGCAGAGAUGAGACUCAAGAACUCCAGUGCCUAUGGUUUAUUGCUCAAGGAUUUUUCAAUGUAUUCUGCGAACUUUUUCCACCAGAUUCUGCUCCUAUUUCCUAAGGCUACAUGUAAUCUUUAGCUUAAUUUAAAAAGCCAUAGGCAAGUGACCCUUUCAGGCUUCUAGUAGAGAUACUUAACCCUUUCAGGAUGUUGCUUGAGAGAAAAAGGAAUACUUAAAAAAAUACAAGAGAGAUACAGAAGUAGAAUUCCUGGUCCUUUUUGCCUCUGGUCAGCCUUGACCAGUUUACCUAGAACAUUUGCAGUGGAGUGGUCAAGAUAUUGAAUCUGAUCAUGCAAUUGAAGCUCUCCCCUUUUUACAUAUGUGCAUUAAAAGAGGAAGGGCAUUUAUGGCUUGGUUACAGCUUUCAUCUUUGUUUUUUCAUUUCCCUCUCCAUGGAUACCCCUGAGUAUAACUCUAAAGGAGUUGCUGUAAUCUGCAAUAGGCUUUCAUGCUGUCAAAAGCUUCUUCUACUGAUUUUUGCAGAUCAACCUUCUCAUAAAGGGAGUCAUGAACCAUCUUCAGGAAAAGAACCAAGCAAGGACCCAAUCAUUAAACAUUGAGCCACAUAUGUUCUUGAGUAUUUAAAAAGAAAGUGACAGAGAUAGAGACAGACAUAGACAUGAAGAUUUGAUAAAUCUAAAUGGUAGGAGGAAUUCAUUAUUAGCAUUUGAAUAGGCUGAGAUCUCCUUGGAGGUCAUUUUAAGUACUUUCUUUUUGUUACAUUACAAUUAAAAGAGACUUAAGUGCUUAGAUCUUUCAAGGAUAACAUUUUCAUUAAGCAUCCAAGUAGUUCAUGGGUUAAAAUGAUGGGAAAGGUUAGGAGGCAGGAUUGCAUAAAGCAAUACAAUGUUCUUUUUAAAAAAUGAUCUACUGUUUUAAAAAGUCAGUUGUGAGACUUAGGCAAAUAUCGGGAUAGAUGCAAUAGGAGCCAAAAAUGAAAUGUGAUUUGAAAAAAAUAGGUCAAGGAACAGAAUCAAAAGUAUAUACGGUAAUUUUGUUGAAUUUUGGGGGGUAUUUUUAGUUGUGUGUUAAGUAAGGCCACUUCUGAAAUCCUCCACAUCUAAAUUUUUUUCUGAGUUUGUAAGCUUUUGAAUGACUGAUCCUGUCUGUGAUUUUCCAUUGUAUUUUUGUGUGGAAGAGGAAGUGACACUGUUUGCUCAGUUUUCGCUCCAUUCAUAUUUCCCCCCUUCAUUUUGCACAUGAAAAAGAACACUGCAACAAGAAAGCAAACUUGAUACAUUUCUCCACAUCCAUCCACAUGAUUUUAUAUCUUGUUCUGCCUAUUGCAAGAAACACCCAAAAUGGGAAGGAAUUAUAAUGCACCUUCUUGGAGUACCACAAAGCUACUAUUUUGCAGUGCUUUUUACUGUUCAUUUUGCUCAACAGGGGGUGCAAAGGCAUCAAAGAAACUGAGGCAACCUGUACAUGUUUAGGAAAUGUCAGUUGAAUUGAAAUUUGAGAGGAAUGACAUGAAGAGCUGCCUUGAUUGUUGCAACUGGUGACUUAUAUUUCUCAGUAUGCUUACAGGAUUUCUAACACACUACAAAGAAGCAGAAGCUGAGAAAAAUAAUGUCAACUAAAUGAAUCAGAGACGGGAUGCACCUGUCUCUCAGUCUAAGUUGUAUAUACUUUGCACAUAUGGAAGACAUGACUGGGACAGCAUAAACCUGUGAUUUGAAUUUUCAACUUGAAGGCAAUUGAAUCAACUUUCCAACCAGAAUACCAGAAUAACAGAGUUGGAAGAGAUCUUGGAGGCCUUCUAGUCCAAACCCCUGCUUAAGCAAGAAAUGCUAUACCAUUCGAGGCAAUGGUUGUCCAAUCUCUUCUUAAAAACCUCCAAUGUUGGAGCACCCACAACUUUUGGAGGCAAGUUCUUCUACUAUUUAAUUGUCAGUUGGAUCUCUCCUUGUUUAGUUUCCAUCCAUUGCUUCUUGUCCUGCUUUCAGUGGCUUUGGAGAAUGAAUUUACCCCCUCUUCUCUGUGACAGUCUCUUAAAUAUCAUAUCACUCCUAGUUCUUCUUUUCAUUAAAUCUGAAUCAGAUUCAGACCAGAAUCUGAAAGUCAAGAAAAACUGAACAGUUUAAUUGAAUCUGGUACUUGCAAAAUGAUUUGAACAUGUAAAAAGCUUUUACAUACUUAAAAAGUCCCCUUUCCCCUAUUGAUUCUGAAAAAAUGUAAUUGAUCUUCUGAAUUGAAUUGAAAUUAGAUUUCAAGAUGUUUUCAAAAUAGCCUUCAGGUCUGAGUAGCAUCUCAUGUUUUGUCAAAUAAAGUUAUGUCAUCUUCAGAAAGACAAUAGAUUACAAUUACAACUAACUACAAUUUACAACAUACUGUAAAUAGCUUUCUAAGUUAGCACCUUCAAAGUAGUCAGAUAGAUUUGACAAUAUUAGAAUUUUCUAAGCAGCACAACCAUUGAUCAAGAUUUAAAAAGGCAUGGAGAGGCAAGCACUUGGCAUGAAAGCCAACAUUUCCUGAUGAACAAAAGAAACAAAUGGGCAUUUGUGAAGUGGGUGGGACGUUGUUCUACACUACAUGUCCUCUGCACCAGAAAUAGCCCAGUUUAACAUGUGGAAAUCUCCAUAAAAUGUGCCUUAUCUGUACUGAUUGUACCUGUUCCAUCACUUCUCUUCCAGUGGCAUUAUUUUAUUCUAGAGGAGGUGUGGGCAGGCUCUUUAAAUGUCAAAUGUAUUUUUUUUAAAAAAGAUGAAUUGCAAAGUCUUAAAAGAUUUCAACUUUUUACAUGUUCUUAUAUAUGAAUGCCAAAACAUUGCAUGCUCUCAACUGAAAUCCUGAAAUAUUUCAUUGUAGAACACUGACAUCUUGUGGAUUUUGGCAUACAUCUAGGAUUUUGGCUGUUUUAAUAGAAUUAAAUACAUUGUUUUUUUAAUUUUAGGCUUCCGUGUUUGCAUAAAUUACAUGUAGGAAACUUCAAAUUCAGUUUGGGAGUCAGGUAUAUAGAGAAUAUUCAUUUCUGUUAGGAGUGAGGGAGCAUAUAUCCUGUCCGGGUGACAGUUAUCACCAACCCUCCUUUUUCUGUGUCUAAAUUUAGCAAGAUUGAUUGCUAAAUCAGAAGAGAAAGGAUUAGGGAACUGGGACCAAAAUUUC